AUGUACUUGGUAUGGACUUCAGACCUUUCCCCGUACCUGACUGAUAGCGCAGCCUCCAGAAUGGUUAUGGCCAUCAUCCCUGCUGAACGGUACAUCAUUGAUCCCAUAACGGGAGUCAAUUUGACUUUGCAAGCAGCCUGCCUUGCUAUCGCGGAGAGCUUCAACAGACUUUCUCGAGAGGGCUUGAAUGUCUGUGAUCUGUAUUCUGGAGAGACGGUUAUGGAACUUCGUGGAUACGUCACAGCCUUCAGAGGAGACUGGAAGGCAUUGAAGCAAACAUUCAACUUCAAGAGGUAUGCUGAUCAGGUUUGCUGGCAGUGUGCUGCAACGAAAGGCCUGUCCCCUGAAUCGCUCGCACUUGCCUACACCAAUGUCAACACUGACGCCCCAUGGGUCGCAACAAUCGGCGACACUUUGCCAUGGGACUAUGAGCCAGGGUACACACUCUUGGAAGGCUUUGACGUCAAGUUUAUCCACGCAGAUUUACUCCACAUUUAUCAUCUUGGCACAGGCAGAGACCUGGUUGGCUCAGCACUGGUUCACAUGUUGGAGACGCGGGGAUUCUUUGAAGGCUCGAAUAUUGCAGCUCGCUUGGCCUCAGCUACUCUUGAAGUACGACGCUUCUGCAAGGAAAGAAAACUGCCACUUAAGCUCCACAAACUUUCGAGAAGCAAGCUUAAUUGGAACACUGCUGACAUGCCAGAACUGCGAUCUUCUGGGUAUGACACCUACGUGGUCAAGUGGCUGGUUGAGGUCACGACGCGUCACAGUGCGCAGCUCCCGGCACAGCUUUGCACAGCCUUGUGGACAGCGGAUCAAAUCUUAUCCACCCUUGCAAAAGCUGGCCGGUGGUUGUCUGUUGAGGAGCAAGAGCUCAAGGAAUGCUACGGUGCCCUCUUUACACGAUCUUAUGUGGAAGUGGCGAACUCAAGCCUGGAACGUCGCAAAAGGGCGUACAGACUGCGUCCCAAAUUGCAUCUAUGGCAUCACAUUUUGAAAGAGUCGAGGCCUCCAAGAAUCAACCCUCACGUAUUCUCAACUUGGACGGAUGAAGAUGCGCUGAAGAAAUGA